CAGGCACCUCUGUAGUCAUCCCUGCAGAGGUCCUUUCCUGUAGGUGACAUUCAUUUGAAGGGGCUAUUCGUUAGCAGCGAGCAGCAGAUUAUUAGAGUGAGAAGCCAUGGCGCAGGCAGUACAGAAGCUGGUUGCAAAAGUUCCCUCUUUGGUCGGCGCCGCUGUGAGCUACUCGAAGCCCCGGCUAUCGACCUUCUGGUACUAUGCCCGUGUGGAGCUGGUGCCUCCUUCUCCAGCUGAAGUCUCGAAGGCAGUAGCAGGAGUGUCCGAUCUCGUCAAGGCCUUCCAGGCUGGCCGUCUGGGUCAAACCACAGUUCGGGACGCUCUGAGGAAUGGUCUUGUCGCCACAGAAGUUCUAAUGUGGUUCUACAUCGGCGAGAUCAUCGGAAAAGGAGGCAUUGUGGGAUAUAAUGUGUAAAUGUGGACUGUUGCUUGCUUCCUUCUUGUCCAAGCGCUUUGUUUCCGCUUUGAACUUCUUGGAUUCCAGGAAGUAAAUAAAUAUGUAUUGUUCAAAGAAGCGUAUAUGCUCAGUACAGUGAUGGAUGGUGGGUUUGCAUAAUAUAAACUUUUAUUUAGUCCAAUAAAAAAAUAACUUGUACAUUUAA